UCAGAGCUUCCGAGGGGUGCUUGCCUCGCUGAGCGAUCCAAAGCGAUGCAACGCCCCUUGCAAUUGUUACCCAAUGACGCCCUCAGAAGGGGACCUUGGGAGGGGCAACCAGACACCAAACACCAGACCGACCAUUAUUAGCACUGCACCGCCUGUGAUUGACAGCCAUCCCACACCUGGGGUACCACGGUACCACCGCCUACCGCCGCAGUCUGGUCUGAUUGAUUUGAUUCCACCAAGACCGAUCCAUAAUCUUGACGCUUCUUUCUUUCACCAAAUCGCAACCGCCUUUCACCGUCCACCAACCAUAGCCGAACCUCUUUGUUCAUUGUUCUUUUGUUCAAUUACUUCUUAAAACAUCUCCCUUAGAUUACACACGCAUCAACCAUCAUGGAUCGGAUUAAGGAGAAAAUGAACCAGCUCCGUCUGGACGCAGAUGAGUCAGCUGCCAAAGUCGAGGAGCUCCAGAUCAAGCUCAAGGCGCUCGAGCAGGAGAACCUGGCCAAGGAGCAGGAGAUCACAUCGCUCUCGCACAAGAACGGCCUGCUGGAGUCGGACAACGAGAAGCUGGACACGGCCGUUAAGGACCUGAAGAAGGCGGCCGAUGAGGGCCAGCAACACGGUACGCAAAACGAAACCCUCCAGCGAAGACUCCAGCUCCUCGAGGAAGAAGCCGAGGAAGCAGAUAAGACCCUUCGUGAGGCCAACGAGAAGCUCCGCCAGACUGACGUAAAAGCCGGCCACUUUGAGCGCAAGGUACAGGCACUCGAGAACGAGCGAGACCAGUGGGAGUCUAAGUACGAGGAGAUGGCCAAGAAGUAUGCCCAGGUGCAGAAGGAGCUUGAGGACUUCCAGGCCGAGAUUGGCAACAUCUAACACCUGGAAAAGGAGGACGGAUCCGAGGGUUUGGUGGUGCUGUGAGGGGGCAUAUAUUGUUGGGGGAAGUCAGGGGCUACUUUCUGUUCGGCCAAUAUUGAGUUAUGUCGACCUACCAGGGUUUCGCGAGCCGGACCGCCGUACCGCCGUUGUGUUUUAGGCACACAGAAUUGUUGAGGUUUACAUUUCAGGUCACAUCAUGAAUUACCCCCAUGUCAACUCGAAUGUGUUUCGUGACUGUCUUGCAUUCGUCAAGUUUGUAGGCAUAUCUGGGUAUCUAAUCUCUCGAAGACAUCUGCUU